CCCCCAUCGCGGUUUUUCUCUCUCUAGAAUUCUCUCUCUCUAGAAUUCUAGACGAUCAAAUAUAUACGGCAAGCACCCCAAUUCUGCAAACGCAGGCCCGAUCAUUGAGUAGAGAGAGAAAGAGAGUCUUCUCGAGUUGAGAGAGAGCCACAUAGAGAUAGAGUGGGAGCUUUAGAGUUACUUGCAGAGAGAUAGGGGUUACAAGCAUCUCCAAGCUUCAUCUCUGAAUUGGGUAUAUUUGGUAACCAUGCAUUCCCAAUCUGACAGUAACAGGGUUGAAUCCACCACCAAAAAUUCCAACAAAACACAGAAUAGAUACAUCCCAAAAACCCAACACCAAACAUCAGAACAAGCAUCCAACAAUGGCAGGAACAAGAACAUCCCAAAAACCCAACAACAAACAUCAGAACAAGCACCCAACAAUGGCAGGAACGAGAACUUCCCUGCAAAUUCUUCAUUUACCAGUCAGUUGAGACAGUCUUCUGAAAAACCCAAUAAGAGUUUUAAUGAGUUUGAUCAUGGAAGAAAGGUUUCUCAUGCUGAUAGUGGUGGUUCAAGCUCUGCAACUUCAUCUCAAUCAAUGGCAGGAGGGGAUCAUGAUGCAAAGAAGCAGGGGGGAUUUGUUAGGUACUUGCCUCAGGAUGAGGCGGUUGCAUCUGGUCUUGGUGUUGAGCAUGGAGGCCUUGAUGCCAUAGAAGCUCAGAAAGUGGUGGAUAUUCUGAAUAGGGAGUUGGGUCACUUGCUCAAAUUGAAUUCUAGGGAAUUCUGGAAACAAGUGGCCAUAGACAAUUCUCUACAUGAGUUCCUGGAUAGUUUUUUACAAUUCAGAAAUCGUUGGUAUGACUUUCCCCAUCAUGGAAUGAAAGGAAUGGUGGCUGGAGUUAUCGUUGGAGAGUCAGAGCUCAGUCGUCGCGUCUUCAUGAUCUUCUACCGCAUAUCUUCUAAUCAAGACCUCGGUGCUCCUGCAAGUGAGAUGCUCAAUCCAAACGAGUAUGCAGUUCUUUUACAAGAAAAGAAGCUUCUAGAUAUGCCAAAGUUGUUGGAUAUAUGUGCUAUUUUUGGACGAGAUAAUCAAGAGUUGACUAAAUCAUUAGUUAUGAAUGCAUUAAAGUUCCAGCCAUGGCUCAUCGGAAGUUUAGCUGAAGUAGGGCCCCGUUUUAUUAAUCUUGUCCACACUAUGCAUCAGAGAUGCAACUCAUCACUGGAGGUUUUGGUUUCCAGUGGAGGAAGUGAACAUCUUGGGUGUGCUCGACUUCAUCAAGAUUUUCUCGAGGUGAUGGACUUUCUAAAUGAUGGAAUUGCAACUCUUGCUUCCUUUGUUGAUGCAUAUAAACCUGCGGCAUUGUACUUCUCAUGUUCUGUUGAAAUGGGCCAUGGAAAUGAAGAAUUGCUUAUAACCCUGGCAAGACUUCACGAUUCCUUGCUGCAAACAUUACAACAAGGAUUUGCACUCACCCCAAACGGGGAUGACCUAAAUCCAUUUGGAAAGAAUGGUGCAACCACUCCUGAUGCCUUAAAUCCAUUUGGAAAGAAUGGUGCAACCACUCCUGAUCUCCCUCUAUGUUUCAAGAUCUUGAGGACAAGGAUACUUGAAUUUGGAUGGAAAUUACUUGACUCUUGUUAUUUCAGUCAAGAAUUGUGCCAAGAUGAGCAUUCCCUUCUUAAUGCCACAAAGAUGUUUCCAGCCAACAUUGAAGACCCUGUUAUUAGAGGAGAUAUAUUGGUGCAGACAUUCCAGGAAAUCAGUGAAAGUUCUCACAAUCAACAUGGUAGAUAUACCUUUAUCCAAAAUAUUGAAAGAAGUCAUGGGAUAAUGGAUAGGAUUGACAUUCUUCGUAAAAAUGGAUGGAUAUUUGUCGAUGAAGAACAGUAUCAAUACUUGGCAUUACUGGCAAUGCCUCUUAAUUCCGGGCCUCAGGAUAAAGCUCCCAGCCUUUCGAUUCUCUCUCUCAAUGACAAGACACAGACAGAUGAAGACACUGCCAUUCUCGAGUCCAAGAUCAGCCAAAUUAAAGAUCUCUUCCCCGAAUGUGGCAAAGGGUUCCUUUCAGCCUGUCUGGAGGUCUAUAACCACAAUCCGGAAGAAGUAAUCCAAAGAAUACUGGAGGACUCCUUGCACAAAGACUUAGCCUGUCUAGAUCUAUCUUUAGAGGUGAUCCCACCUCCAAAAGCUCCUUCUUUGAACAAGAAAGAUAAAGGGAAAGCCACGCUUGAGGAGCCCAUAGUAGAACCCCCUCUAAGAGAGAGUAAAGGGAAGGAGCCCAUGAGAGAGAGUCUAGUGAGGGAGGCAAGUGCUAACCAUGGCUCAUCUUCUUCAUCUUUGCCAUCUUUUGGGCGGUAUGUGAGAAAAGAUAGAGAAGAAAAUGUGAACCCUCAUUUUCUCGAUGAGAGAGAAGUUAAUGAUGCAGUCUGCUCUGCAAUUCUCGCCGCCCAAUAUGAUGAUGAGUAUGAUGACUCAUUUGAUGAUUUGGGUUUGAGUCUUGUAGAGUCUGGUCUUGAGGAAUCUGAGAGCCUGGGUGAGAGGAUCACUAGAUAUUCGGGUUCAAAAUGGGGUAGAGAGAGAAAGCCACAGUUUUUUGUUAAGGAUGGAAAGAAUUACAGUUACAAAGUAUUGGGAUCAGUGGCUGUUGCAAAUGCCCAGGAGGCUCGAAUUGUGAGCCAAGCUCAAAAGGACACCAUUCAUGGAUUGGGAAGAGGAGGAAACAUACCCGUUGGAGCAGUUAAGAUGUUGAUGGACUCUAAUGAGAAUUCAAAUCUGGUUUCUGAUGUUGCAGAAGAAGUAUCAGGAAGAGGAAGGGGGGGCUCAAACUUUAGGGGAAGGGGACAAGGCAGAGGGGGUCGGAACCAUUUUAGGAAGGACCGGGCUAUGAAGAAACACUUCACAGGUCUCAGUGGAUACUAGUUUCUCUCUCUUUAUGCUUAGAGAGAAAAAGCUAAGGAAGUACGUGAUUUUGUUAUUACGGUGCCGAUGGGAUCGAUAACAUUGCUGCCCUAUAGAAAUAUUUUAUUGAAUAAGAAAGGUUCACUUUGGUGAGAGAGAUCUAAAGGGAUUCUUGGGAUAAAAUGUAUCCUCUUAUAGUUUUAAAGUGCAUUCAUUUAAUUUGUUUAUAUUAAGGAAAAUAUACAGUUAGACUAUUUAUCGUUGGUGUAAGACUAUGACAAUUACUUUUGUCCGUCAGAUUUCAAUUAGGAUGGCUAGGAGUGUAUCAUUCACUAAGCUCAAAUUUUGAAAGAAAUUUUUUCGAUCUUUGUGA